CUGUUUGUUUUUGUGAUUUUAAUGCUUGCUGAUAUAAAAUUAAGCCGCUGUACGAGCCCAGUGCCCGGGGAGUGAGGGAUUAAAAUAGGCUGUAGGUAGCAUUUGAAAUGAUGGAUGAGACGACGGUGCUGUGGACGCUGGUACUGGUGAUGCUGGGAGGUUCCUAUUUGGCUGGUUCUUUGCCACUUGUUAUGAAUUUGUCAGAGGACAAAUUGCAGUUAGUAUCGGUUCUUGGUGCUGGACUUCUCGUUGGAACUGCAUUGGCUGUGAUUAUUCCUGAAGGCAUUAGGGCAUUAUUCAGUGGCGCUGUAAAUACUGCAACACCUACGCACGAUACAUACGUGCCUUCGUUUUCAGCCGAUCUUCACAGUUUAAUAGGACUGAGCCUGGUGCUCGGCUUUAUAUUCAUGCUAUUGAUCGAUCAAUGUUCGACAAAAAGAAGCGGCGGCCAAGAAAGAAGUAUGACGGCCACGCUAGGUCUCGUGGUUCAUGCAGCAGCCGACGGCGUUGCUUUAGGAGCCGCGGCGACGACGUCGCAGGCUGAUGUCGAGGCUAUUGUCUUUUUGGCAAUUAUGUUGCAUAAAGCUCCGGCCGCAUUUGGACUCGUGUCAUUUCUUCUUCACGAAGGUGUAGAAAGAAAGAGAAUACAGAGGCACCUGUUAAUAUUUUCAUUAUCUGCUCCAUGCUUGGCUUUAAUUACAUAUUUUGGAAUUGGAAAGGAGGGCAAAGAAACCCUUAGCAGUGUAAAUGCUACUGGAUUAGCAAUGUUAUUUAGCGCUGGAACAUUUUUGUAUGUCGCAACCGUACACGUACUGCCAGAACUGAUGACUAGAAACAGUAAAACUUAUUCUCAUUUACCAACCGACAUCGCUACAUCACCUUCUUUUGGUUUGAAAUUCAAGGAAAUUGUAGCCUUGGUCAUAGGCUCGUUUUUGCCUGCACUCAUUACGACGGGACAUCAUCAUUAAACCGAUUUACCUUUAUUUUCAUAAAAUUUCAUAAUC